AUGGGCAGCUCUCAGGUCGAAAAGAAGAGAAAGCGAGCCUCAGACCGACAUGACAGGCCAAGCAAAAAACCUGCAAUCCACUCCAACACCGAACCAGCAACGGUCCGGUACUUGAACAAUACUGCAGGACAUGUCCCUAUUAUUGCUUCCUCGCCUGGCCUUACGGUCCCCGAGACACUCCCUCUAAACACAUACAUAAAACCACGCCAACAGCGUACGAAGCACGCUGAGAAUGCGAAUCUAGCCUUGACAGAAGCGUUAUUGCAUACCUCUGGGCACCCCAAGCUUAACUUCACCGGUAGAGAAGGCGAGAAUCAGCUGGACAACCUAUUGAACCAUUAUGUUGCGGUUUACGACCCCAAGGAAAAUACUGUGCAGCUUCUGGAGGCUAGGAAGAUGAUGAUACGAGGAUGCCCGAGAGAAGCCAUCGCAGAAGUGGAAGAAGAGUCGGAAGAAGAGGGCGCGCCAACUGCUCUGUCCCAAAGAGAAGCAUUGGCAGCAGCAUUCGGAACCAAAAUGGCCCGCAAAGCCGUAGCCGCCAUAACAGAAAACGCUCUAACAUCCAACGCCUCCGCUUCAUCCACCAAAGCAGCAGAAUCUGCGCUGCUCUCGUUCAUGCCUCAGGACGGUAUGAGCAUCGCGGCAGCAGAGAAAUCAGCCCAGGCAGAAAUCCAGGCAUCCAAACCACUCCCGCAACCGAACCUAUCUGCCACACAGCCCGCAGAGGUAUACAGUAUUGAAAGCCUGGUCCCCAAUGGCUUGCCUACGCUGCGCAAAGUACCGGUGAAGGACUGGCAGGCUGCCGUUGCUGCUUCGGAGGGUAUAACUACCUCGUCACGCUUUGUCGCAAACCGAGUCGAAGCAGCUGUUCAAUCCGGUGAUAAGACGUUGGUGCAAUUGCUCCGAUUCAUACUGAUUUUAAUCGAGCUCUCCCGGUCACUCAAACGGUCUUCUGGCGGUGGUCGUGGACCCGAUAGCAAGAAGCUUCCUCCUCGCGAGGACUUGCGCCGUAUCCUUUCAACAGCCGUUGAUUCAGAGACAAGUACCACGCCCACGAUAACGGACCCGUUCCUGGACACGAUACGCCGGAAGUUUGUGCCCCAGGGCUCGUUCCUUUCGCGGAAUGACAUCACGUUGUUGCAUACUACUAUAUGUGCCAUGUCGUUGCAUAUCCCACCUGCGUCGGGCAAGAUGGGAGGAAGUAAUGUGAGCGAACUGGCUACUGAUCCGGCGGAUUUGCGUGAUGAUUUGCGACUGGAGAAUGAUACUAUUUUGAAGUAUUUCAGGGAACUGGGCUGUAAAGUUGAUAAGCCUAGGGAAACGGAGUUUGCUAAAUGGAGCAUCAAGAAUGGUAAGGCAGAAGCGGCCUCAAAGAGGAUUGCAAGGUUGAAGAUUCCCGUUGAGUUCCCCAAGGUGAGCAGGGGAAGGGCGUCGAGGAAGUAG